AUGAUGAAUUCACAAAACGUGCAGCCUGGUACUGUGACAAAGGAUGAACUUGAGAAGACUGGAUGGGAGGAAGAUGAUGAGAUCUCUGAUGAAGAAGCGCAUGAGUGGCGCAAAUCAUUGGAAACGGCCGACGGGAAAAUGAACGUUGACAACGAGUUUCCCCGGGCCUGGUAUCACUCAAACCCAUGGAAAGAUGACCAAGGCAGGACUAGAAGAGCCACCACAGGUUCCAUGGGUAACAUUGUCAACGCCAAGGACGGGUACAUCAUCGCCGGUGUAAAUUUUGCGCCAUGGGACGUUAAACCGAAAGAUAUGGAGGCCUGGGAGCUCCCUAGUACCAAAUGGACCGACAUCGUUGCGGUGCAAUGGAGCAUGUAUGCCUCCGGCAGCAGCCUACAGCGCAUAUAUCGCUCGUCCAUAGUAUUUGAGCGCACAAAGGACCUAAUUGAAGGAGCCUUGAACAAGGUCGGGAAAGGUCCGCUGGAUAAACUACCUAAAUGGCCCGGUGUUGACUACACGCCGAAGGGGAAUUUGAACAAGACGCCGUACCAAGCCGAGACGGAGGGGUUCUUCGGUUUGCUUGGUAGUCCCCAUGGCGCCGGGGCUGCCUAUUUGCUAAUCCAGUAUCGAGCAAUCUUUGGAAAGAAGAGGAUUACUAAAAUUAAGGUCUGGAGUGGUCCUUUAGCCCCGAACAUGAUCCUCUACGUUGAGGAUGUGUAG